AUGGCAAAGAGCAGGAUCCUCGUCGUCGGCACUGGAGGCAUCGGUACAAUGUCAGCCUUUGCUCUCGAGAAGGGUGGGCAGUCCGAGGUGACAGCCGUCAUGCGAUCAAACUACGACGCCGCCGUCAAGGAUGGCAUCGACAUCGACUCUGUUCAAUGGGGCCAGAUCAAGGCUUGGAGGCCGACGGCUAUUUCCAGGGUCGUCCCUGAUGUGUCCAAGGACGGCACUCCCCCGUUCGACUACAUCGUCGUGACGACCAAGAACAUCCCUGACGUGUCCCCGACGGUCCCGGAAAUCAUCGCCCCUGCCGUAACACCGGGUAAGACCGCCAUCGUUCUCUCGCAGAACGGAAUCAACAUCGAGAAGCCUCUCAUCGCGCACUUCCCCACCAACCCUCUCAUCAGCAGCGUCGUCUACACCGGCGCCACCGAGACUGCACCGGCCAAGAUCUACAACGAUGACCCGGAGUUUCAGAAGGUCGGUGCCUUCGCCAACCCGCAGGUGCCCCAGGAGGUGGCCGACGAGGCUGCCAAGAAGUUCGUGGAGCUGUACAACCCCGACGGGAAGCUCGACAUCAUCUACGAGCCCGAGGUCAAGGCGGUGCGCUGGCGCAAGCUUGCCUACAACGGAACCUUCAACCCGGUCGCUUCCAUUCUCAGGAUGGACACCCCCCGCAUGCGCAUGAGCCAGCACAUCAUCGACGACCUGAUCCUGCCCGCCGUUGCAGAGAUCCAAGCCAUCGCUCUUGCGGACGGAUUUCAACUCCAGGAGGAUCUCGUCGACGCCCUCAUGCACCAGGACCCCAACGACACCGCUUUCAAGCCUAGCAUGUGCCAGGACCUGGAGAAGGGUAACCUGAUGGAGGUGGAGAACCUUGUGGGCGAGGCCGUACGCGAGGCCAAGCGCCUCGGUGUUCCCGCGCCCACACUGACCAUCUUCUACGGAUUCAUGAAGGGCCUACAGUUGAAGGCCAAGGAAUCAAAGGGGCUCUGGAAGGCCGAGUUCCAGCCUGGAAACCCGUAUGUGUAA